UAGUUUUGGAGAAGAAGAAAUUGUGUAUCUUGCAGAAUAUUAUAGUAUAGAUCAAAUUGAAAAUAGUCAACGAAUGGCUAAAUUAAUUUUAUGUAAUUUUACAACUUUUCAAUUUGUUGAAGGAUGGGAGUUUAUUUUUCAUACUACUCUAUUUAUUACUCAAUAUUCUAAUUUAACUCAAAUUAUUCAUUUAGCAUUUAUAGUUCCUGUUUCAAAUGAAAAUGUUGAACAUAUAUUUUCUCAACAAAAUUUAAUUAAAACAAAACUUCGUAACCAGAUGAAAUUAAAUACACUUAAUUCUCAUUUAAUGAUAGUUAUGAAUAGGCCUUCUUUAGAUAAAUUUAAUUUUAAGAAAGCAUAUGAAUUAUGA